GUAGAAAACAAUGACAUAUGCUUUGAAGAUUCCUGCUACACAUUUACCGAGUCAGGAGAAACAUGGACCGAGAACCGAAACAACUGCCAGAGUAAAGAAGGUGACCUUGUUUCUAUAGAAACUGAUGAAGAAUGGCAAUUUAUUAAUGAAGAGAUUCAAGCGCGUGCUAUCGCGGAAUGGCAUAUAGGAUUGAAAAAAGAGCAAACAGUUUGGAAGUGGGUUAACAGCCAAUCAUUGACAAUCAGCAAAUGGCAAGCAGGCCAGCCAUCUGGUGACGGAAAUGUGGCUGUAAUGACGAAGGGUUCUUCAAGCACAAAAGGCCUGUUUAAAAACCUGGCAGAUCAGCCACAUAAAGCCUUUAUUUGUGAAAUACCUAAAGGUAAUACAAGGAAAUUGGGUAUACACAUUUAG